UCCCCCUACACUUUAGUUGCCUAGUAACUGUGUGGGUCUCAAUGGCGACUGCUGAUCUUGUACAUCUCAUAGACCUCUCUUUGGGGACCCAACCAUGUGGGGUGGUCAACUUCAACUAUCUCCAUGGGCUCCUCCACGAGAUUUGCAAGAGGCUGGUACAGCUAGAGGGCUUGCAAGGGCCGACAAUCCUCUCCCUACCCUCCCUCCCCGAGGCCAUGGUGGAGUCUACCAGGGACUCCGUAUCAGGUUCAGCUAAGGAUUUAGUAACGGAUUCAACGAAAGAUUCAACAAAAGAUGUAACGAAAGAUUCAACGAACGAUUCUUCAGCAAAAGAUUCAACGAAUGAUUCAAGAAAGGAUUCUUCAGCCAAAGAUUCAACGAAGGAUUCAAGAAAAGAUUCUUCAGCAAAAGAUUCUUCAAACGAUAUUUCAGCAAAAGAUUCUUUAGCUAAGGAUUCUUCAGCAAAAGACUCUUCAAAAGAUUCAACAAAAGAUUCUUCAGCGAAAGAUUCAACAAAAGAUUCUUCAGCGAAAGAUUCAACAAAAGACUCUUCAGCGAAAGAUUCAACAAAAGACUCUUCAGUGAAAGAUUCAACAAAAGAUACUUCAAAUUCGAAGGUUUCAGUGAAUGAAUCAUCAGACGAAGACAAUGGAAAGUCUCAGAGUCUACGGAACACGCCCACUCCAUCACGACGGGCUGGUAGUGGCUUCUUCAAGUCUCGAUCGAGCUUUGUAUCAGCUGCCAAUGAUUUAGGAGCACUGGAAAGAAAGCUUUCAGAGCUAGAGUCUCGAGUCAAUACAAUGGAGUCACUUCCUGAUCUACUGGAGAAAAAGUCCUCAGAUUCACAAUCCACCCCUGCCUCAGAUCUGUGGAAUUUCACGAACCUGACCAAUCGAAUUGGAGCCAGCGAGGAAGGAUUAGACAAGGCCUUCAGCUUGAUUGAUGAUCUCCUUGGGGAAAUAAACAGCACCAGAGAGCAUGUGAACAGUCUUCACUCUAAUGUGGACAAUGUGGGACAAAAGUUGAGUGGUAGUCUGAAGAGUCUGUGCUCUCUAGAGGGGAAGGUGGAUAGCUUAGAGGAGCUCAAGUUAGCUGCAGCCAAGGACUCCAUGGGAGAUGCUGCUACUGCCGUAUUGAGUGAUCUCACUAGCAAAACAGGGUCUCUAGAGGAUGAAAUAAGUGCACUUAAGGCUUCACUGGAGGGCUUACCCGCUAACAUGUCUAAUCUAGUGACUCGUGAAGAUCUUGAAACCACUCUCUCCCAACAUGAUGAAGUGCUUCAACAGAGACACGAGGUUGACCGCAAGAACCAAUCAGAAUCACUCGCUUCAUUAAAGAUAGGGUUAGCAGAAUCUCAAGAAACUAUCGGGGAAAUAGACGAACGUGUAGGUACACUGAGAGAAGAGUUGGAUAAACUAAAGACACAAGUUCAGGAAACUGAGGCUGCCAUCUCCACCAAGGUCAACAUAUUAGACCUGACCUCCCUCAUGCCUCAGGCAGGGGGCUCAGAUGAGGGACCUAGUCUCAUGCCUAAACUACUGGAGAUGCAAAACAAGCUAACACAGGUUGAGGCUCAACUAGCCUCUGCGGAGGUACCCUCUGACAAGUUAUCUACGAUGCAGAGCGCUAUUGACCGUCUUCAAUCACAGCUCACCACUUUUGCCUCUUCUCUUGGCUCGACUGCUGAGGACCGCAAUAAAGUAGAGGAGCUCGGGUCACUAGUAGCUCAGCUAAGAGAGAGAAUGGCGGAACUAGACAGAGCUGUGACAGCAGUGAGCAAUGCAGUCUCCCAGGGAAUGGGACCAACAAGAGAGGCCUUGCCAGAAGAUGAAGCAGACAGUGCUAGAAAGUAUGUGGAUAUGAGUUCCUUUGAAGCACUACAAGAGUUGCUUGGACAGCUACACUCUGAGCAGGAGAGGCUCAUAGGAACGGCUGCGCAUCUGUCUCAUGAAGUAGGAGUCAGCAAAGAACACGUUAAGACACUGUAUGGAAAUGUUGAUGAUUUAAAGGACACGAAAGUAGACAAGGAACUAUUGGAAGUGGAAGUUAGAGCGAAAGCAGACAAGAAUGCUCUGGACGGUAAGGCUAGUCGUGAUUGGGUGGACUCAACGUUUGAUCGUCUGGAUCGUGAGAUUCGUGAAGCAGCCUCUAAACUACUGGGCCAGGAAGAGGCCCUCAAGAAUGCAAUGAAUCAGCUUGGGGAGGAUGUGGAGGGCAAGCUCGAUCGCUUGGAGCUGGAGCCUCUCAAGGAUUACUUUGAUAAAAAGUUAGAGCGUGUGAAGCCUGCAGCCCCAGUGGCAAUAUCAGAGGCUCUGGGAGACGAUGCUGCUGGUUUCAAGAGACCUCUUCGUGUCCGAUGUAUCUCGUGUGACAAGCCAGUGGGUGUCAGGCCCCUGGAUGCCAUCCCCACCCUCCCUGCUGGGGGGCUCUUCCCAGAUACACGAUCAUUCCGUCCUUACACCACUUACGAGUUAGAGCUCAUUAGGAGACAUCAGAAAAUAGGCUCCCCCGUGGUUGGCUCACUGCUGCCAAUCCUAGAGUACCCUCGCAGCAUACGCAGUGCUGGUGGGAUCCACACAAAGACACGACCUCAUCAGCGUAUCAGAGUGGCCCCUCUUGGACAAGGCUACAUCCCAGACCCCACCUACACCCCACCUCCACCACCAUCCAGACACACAGCAAGUCCAUCAGUCCAUGAAGAGUUAGAGAUAGUGGGACAUGAUGGACACGUGUACAAGGGAAGGUCAUCAAGGAACAGGCUGCCUCCCCUAGCCACUAAUUCCAGGACUGCUGGGAGACCUCGAGUGAUUCGACCCUCCACUGUCACAUCAUGAACUGACUAGACAGACUUUGUGUCCCUGUGUAUAGUAUCUGUGUUUGUAUGUAGAGCAGAACUGCUUUAUUACUGAUCAAUGUCCAUGCAGCUUUACCUCUCUCUAACCUUA